AUGGCUCGCACGAAGGCUAAGAAUCAAGACAAUGGCGACGAGUUCAGCUUUAUGGCGUCGCAGGCGAGUAAUGGUAGCGAUGACCAAAUGCUUCAGCAGGCUCUCGCCGAACGCGUCUUUGCUACCAAGGAAAAGAAGAAGAAAGAAACAGAGAAAAAGUUUCUGGCUGCCGCGCAAAAGCACCUUUUGAAAGAGGUUACGAACGCGUCGGCAAACAUUCAGUCUACGUAUCAGGCGGCCAACGAGGAAUUCCAACGAUUUACAAUGGAAUACGCGUCCAUAGAAGACGAGAUACGAGCCCUGUGGGAUCGCCUCCACCAAGAACAGCAGUUGCUAGCUAGCACAGCUGAGAAACGACGAAAUACGCUGCUAGCUUCGGCUCAAACUUACGAAGCCAAACACAUCAAGGCGAUGGGUCUCGUGAAAGAGGCCUGUAACGAGAACGAUAGAAUAGUUACGGCUUUGAUCCCCCAGAAUGCUUGA